UCUCUCUCUCUCUCUCUCUCUCUCUCUCUCUCUCUCCAUUUUUCACGUUUCUCUCCCACCGUCUCGCAAAUCACACUGCGAUUUAUAUCACUACAUACAUAUUUUAUAUCUCUCUCGCAUCUUAUUCGUCGAAUUAGGUUUUCGGUUUGAGAAAUGGUGUUCUUUCGGAGUGUUUCGCUGCUUAACAAGCUGCGGUCUCGGGCUGUUCAGCAAUCGAACCUCAGUAAUACAGUGCGUUGGUUUCAAGUGCAGACCUCCGCUUCUGAUCUCGAUCUUCGUUCUCAACUUAAGGAGCUGAUUCCAGAACAGCAGGAGCGGAUUAAAAAACUUAAAGCAGAACAUGGAAAGGUUCAGCUGGGAAACAUAACUGUUGAUAUGGUACUUGGCGGUAUGAGAGGGAUGACAGGACUUCUAUGGGAAACCUCUUUACUUGACCCAGAAGAGGGAAUUCGCUUUAGGGGGUUGUCCAUACCUGAAUGUCAGAAGCUAUUACCAGGAGCGAAGCCCGGUGGAGAACCAUUGCCCGAGGGUCUGCUCUGGCUUCUUUUAACUGGAAAGGUACCAACUAAAGAGCAAGUAGAUGCAUUGUCCGCAGAGUUGCGAAGUCGUGCUGCUGUACCAGAGCAUGUAUACAAAACCAUCGAUGCGUUACCUGUUACAGCUCAUCCAAUGACUCAAUUUGCAACUGGUGUCAUGGCCCUCCAGGUUCAAAGUGAAUUUCAGAAGGCAUACGAGAAAGGGAUUCACAAAACAAAGUAUUGGGAGCCAACAUAUGAGGACUCUAUUACUUUAAUUGCUCAAUUACCAGUUGUAGCAGCUUAUAUCUAUCGCAGGAUGUACAAGAAUGGACAAAGUAUAUCCACGGAUGAUUCUCUAGAUUAUGGUGCAAACUUUGCCCACAUGCUUGGUUACGAUAGUCCCAGCAUGCAAGAGCUUAUGAGGCUUUACGUUACUAUCCAUACUGACCAUGAAGGUGGAAACGUUAGUGCUCAUACUGGUCAUCUAGUUGCAAGUGCCCUUUCAGACCCAUAUCUUUCUUUUGCAGCUGCAUUAAAUGGUUUAGCAGGGCCUCUUCAUGGUUUGGCAAAUCAGGAAGUUUUGUUAUGGAUCAAGUCUGUGGUUUCCGAAUGCGGAGAAAAUGUAACUAAGGAACAAUUGAAAGAUUAUAUCUGGAAAACAUUAAACAGCGGGAAGGUUGUUCCUGGAUAUGGACAUGGUGUUCUGCGUAACACAGAUCCAAGAUACAUAUGUCAGAGAGAGUUUGCUUUAAAGCAUUUACCUGAUGAUCCACUCUUUCAAUUGGUUUCAAACCUCUUUGAAGUGGUGCCUCCUAUUCUUACAGAACUUGGCAAGGUAAAGAACCCCUGGCCAAAUGUUGAUGCCCAUAGUGGGGUACUGCUGAAUCAUUAUGGCCUAACAGAAGCCAGAUAUUAUACUGUUCUCUUUGGAGUAUCGAGGGCCAUUGGUAUUUGUUCUCAGCUGGUAUGGGACAGAGCUCUUGGAUUACCACUUGAGAGGCCAAAAAGUGUUACAAUGGAAUGGCUUGAAAACCACUGCAAGAAAUCUUCUUAAGUUUGAAAGUUACACGAUGUGUACGUCAUUUUUCUAUAAUAAUUGCUCUUGUAGCGUUUCUUCCUUUGAUAGGAAAUACUGUUGCCAACAAUUGAAAGGUGAAAAGAAGAGGUCCAGAAAUUUUUAGAAAACUAUGCAAGCAGGUUUUUUAAGUUGCUUAGAAGGGUUGAUUACAUUAGAUGUUUUUGCCUUUUUGUGGAUGAAUUCUAAUGUUGUGGACAGCUCAACUUGGGGACAUGCAUAGUUUGAGGUAUCUUAUUCAAAUAAAUACAUUCAAUUUAAUUA